AUGGAGCGAAAGCGCAAACUGCCCGCGCGGGCUGCUGCUCGAGGAGAAACCGCUGCUAAAAAGCGCAAUGUUACACCUCGAGAGCGUUCUGCGACACCCGCUGCUCCCCCGCCAGCAGCAGUCCCAGUCCCAGAUCCGGAGCCAGAAGAGCCUCCGCCGCUGCCGUUGCCCAAGUCGGUCCAAGCUGGUAAACCGUUACCUACCGUUGAAGUCGCCCAGCCCGAUGACCUCUCCUCCAAGGAGUAUCAGUCUUUUGGCGAAAGCGGCGUUCUUGCUGAAUCGCUCUCGAGAUCUCGUCACAAAUGGAUUAGCGAAGGUCUGUUUGCUAAAUAUUGGACAAAACCGCACAAGCGCAAGGGCGUGCUCAUUGAAGAUCCUAAAAACCCGCCCAAGGAGACUAUGUCAAAGGUCGGCACCGUGACGAUUGCUGUUGAGCCUCAUAUGAUCGAAGCUACGAUGUACGUGGUCAAAGAUCUAAAACCAAAAGUUCAACCAUUACCACAGCAGCAACCGCAACAACGUCCAAUUAUCCAGUAUGGCCCUCCGAAUGGCUCUAUGCCUCCACCCCUCGCACCCCAAGCAUCGACAGCCGCCACCCCGAGCCAGAACAAAGCAGCGAUGCCAAAAUCCAUACCACCCAGUCCCUCCCAGGGCAUGGCUCGAAGUCCAGCGCAACCACAACCUCUUCCUCGAGCCCCGCAAGACAAAACUGCUGCCCCGACACCAGCCCAGAAGCCUGGGAAUGCUCCGCUACCCAACAUGGCACCGUCUCCAAACCCGACCUUUCAGUCAAGACCACAAGCUGUAGGAGGACCUGUGGCACCAUCUCCAACGCCUCCACCAGUCGGGCAUGCGCCCACCAAUGUUGCUGGGUCAGCUGGACCGGUGGUGGCUCCUGCAAUUUCCACAGCACCCAAACCACCAAUCGCUCAAGCACCCGCAAGUGGCCUUGCAAAGCCUGCCCUAGCUCCAGGAUCUGCAGCCCCAGGGCCUGCUCCAGCAGUGAAGCCGUCAGCAAAUGACCCUGUUAUUACAUUGCUCGCACAAAAAGCUUCAGGAGACGAGGCCCUCCGUGAUCUUAUGAAGAGAGUGGCUGUAGGACAAGCGAAAGACGGCGAGCUGGCACAUUUUCAGAAAAUCAUUGAUCAGUUAAGUGCGCAGUAUCGGAGUACAGGAGGACAGCAAGGGCCAUCAGCAGAUCGACUUCUGGUAGACGGUCGAACGGUCCUAUAUUUUGCUGUCGAAGUCCGUGCCAUUCUUGACAUUGUUUUGGCUUCAAAUCCCAACCAAAAAUCGGCUGAUUUGCGGCCACCACAAGGAAGCGAUCCGCUUGUGGUACAACUCGUCAAAACUGCCCUAGAGGACCAAAAGACUAGAGAUAUGAUCCGCAGAAUCGCAGAAAACCGACCAGGUUUUACUGACGCUACAGAUCUGAAGCAAAUACUAGAUAGACUACACCGUGACAUGAAGAGCGCACCCCAAGCUUCUCCUGCUCCGGUACAAAUUCGACAACAGGCCCCGAAUGGCAUUUCUAACGGCCAUACCAAAGCGCACCCGACUGCACCUUCACCCAACCCCCAGGCACUACGAUCUAAGGGGCCCCCGCCUGCUCUCAAGCAAGAUGUUACGGCGGUUGUGUUUGACUUUGGAAGCGGAGACCGAUAUCUGUUCCCCAAAUUCAGUAUACUGGAGUACUUGCCCACGGCAUCCGGCCAACAUGUCAUAGCUUCGUUCCUGAUUGUUCGUAAGGGAAGCACGUCGGAAUAUGGAGGAGACCCGAAGCUUGAUUACUACCAACCUAUCACGAUACGUCUAUUGACCCAGACUGGUCGCCAAUUGGAGAAUUUAGCACGAGUUGUUGCUCCUCAGGAUGAAGUCCGGCGUUACAUGGAUGAUGUGAUGGACAACAUGACAAGGGCCGAGUACGUGCUUUUAGCCAUGAGGCUUCCGAAAACCUCUCCGGACGGCGAGAAGGACGGCACAGCUUCGGAGGAGCCAAGAACCAAUGGCUCUACGCCCAAACCUGACACGGCAAUCGAAUCAAAGGCCGCACCGAAGCCCGGUGUUCUCUGGACGUCUAAGGGAAGCUCAGAGACGCCACCGGUGGAAGGGCGGUUCUCCAAGCCCGCUCGGGAUGCUGAGCAAGAAGCAGAGGCUAAAUAUCAGCGCUUGAUCAACCAAGUAUCUGCCAAGGACACUGGAGCUUAA